CUCUCUCUCUCUCAUCCUCCUCCAUAAGCUCUCUCUGUCUCCUCUUCUAAAACACACACAACAGAUUCUUGAUCAACGGAGGACUGAUGCUUCUUUGAGCCGGGGGAGCAACAUUUUCACCACCUGAGUCAUGAUAUUGCCGGUUGUCGCUGUUGUAAGCAGUGGCAUCGUCGCGAAGAAGAUGAAGGCGACGCAGGUCUUCUCAUCGCAUUUCAAAGAAGUGUGGGAAGAAUGGGAGCUCCGCGGUGUCGUCUUCCUCAGCCUCACCCUCCAAAUCCUGCUCAUUUGCAUGGGCAAUCGCCGCAAAUACAUCCGCUUUUCCUGGUUCUGGGGGCUCAUUUGGCUGGCCUACCUAAUGGCCGAUCCGGUCGCAAUCUACGCGCUUGGCAUAAUCACGAACAAGCUCACAAAGAUAAACGGCCAUAGUGUGGAUGCCAACACCGAGCUGAACGCGUUCUGGGCGCCAUUCCUCUUGUUACAUUUAGGAGGCCCCGACACCAUUACGGCAUAUGCCCUGGAAGACAAUGAGCUCUGGUUGAGGCACUCUUUGUCGCUAGUCACCCAAACUGGAGUAACAUUUUAUAUCUUCUUGAUGGCAUGGACUGGCCCAAAUAUAUCCAUCCUCGCCAUCGUGAUAAUUCUUGCCGGGUUCGUCAAGUAUGGCGAAAGGGUCUAUGUGCUCUGGGCUGCCAGCAGUGAGCAGUUCAGGGACUCCAUCCCCGACCCGCCUCCUAAUUACUCAAAGAUAGUGGAGCAACAUAAGUUGAUGAAGGCCGAGGGCUACAGUGUCACGCCGCACGAAGUGAUCGAGGUCAGCGACAUGAUCAUGGAAAACAAUGUGAAUGGUGCUGAUCUUUUUUCUCCGGAGGAAAAUCCCGAUCAGAAGCAAAUUUAUAAGCAUAGGCAAGGAGAAUUGCUUGCGGCCAGAGGCCUGGUCAACAUAUUCCAACGCCUUUUCGCUGAUCUCCUGCUGAGUUUCGAGGAUCGGGACACAAGUCUGUCGUUGCUCAAGGACAAGAAUUUCCGCACAGCCUUCGCAAUCAUUGAGAUCGAAUUGGGAAUCAUGUACGACUUGCUCUAUACGAAGGCCAAGGCAAUCCAUACUAGAUGGGGCUUCGCUCGUCGCAUAUUUGGAUUGGUUUCGACCUGCAUCGUAUUGAUACUCUUCAGUGAGAUCGAGGAUCAGCAAUACUCAACAGCUGAUCUUUAUAUGACCUUUAUACUGCUAGCGGUGGCCAUAUUCCUGGAGAUUUAUGCUUUGGCUGUUCUUCUUUUCUCCGACAGGACGGCUUGUUGGUUGAUUAAGAGAAAGAAACUCACCAUCUUGGAUCUCAUCAAUUGGUUGCGACCACUGACUAAACGACGCCGCUGGUCGGAUCACAUGGCUCAAUUCAGCCUAUUGAGCUUUGCGUUCAAAGAGAAGCACCUUCCUUGCCAUCGGAUCCUCGAAUGUCUGCACAUUGACGAGAUAGUCGAGAAGCCCCUUUACAAGCAUCACAAGAAAGUGACCGAUGAUAUGAAGAAACUCAUAGUGAAUCAUAUCAAAGAAAUGCAAUCCCCUUGUGCCGCUAAAGCGACCUGGGAUGUUAACAAGUCAGAACACAAAGAGCAUUUGCAAUGGACCAUGGAGCUUGAGUUCGACCAAACUAUCCUGAUUUGGCAUAUUGCGACUGAACUGUUGUACGGUCUGGAAAACGACAAAAACCUCCAUCACAAAGCCAAGCCCGGUAAGUACUUGUCUCGAUACAUGUUGUAUAUCCUUGUCAUGCACCCCGAGAUGCUGCCGACCGGGAUUGGACGCAUCAAAUUUCGCGAAACCUACAUCGAGGCCAUGAAAUUUUUCGAUGGGCUCAAGUCCUUCAAAGCAGAUGAAGACCCAGAUGACGAGGCUUCUUCUUUUGACAACGAAGAGGACAUUGGAGGCUAUAGGAAGUACGCGAAGAGAUGUGCUGGAUUCUGCACGAGUGCUUGGCAACAUAUCAAGAAGAGGAAGAAGCGCAAACUCGACAUAACUAGUGCCUUCAACCAGCUGCAGGAGCAGGUGAAUACAGAGCUGGAUUUGCUGGUCGCAAGAGGCGAAAAGAGCAAGUACGUGCUGUUCCACGGGUGUCGUCUCGCUUGGCAGCUGCGCCAGAUCGAAAACGGAAUAAUGGAGGGGGACAUAGUAGGUGAGACGUGGGUCAAGAUAUUGUGUGAUGCAGCGAUUAAGUGUAAAGCGAAAUAUCAUGCACAGCAACUGAGGAGAGGAGGAGAGCUUCUGACUCAUGUCUGGCUCAUGAUGGCCCAUUUUGGCUUGACUGAUCACUACCAGAUUGCCCAUGCCCCUGCUAUAGCUGAGCUAAUUGUGCACUAG